UGCUAGGGAAGACCACUAGCUGCCGUAACAAAGAGUCUGUAGUGAGACGAACGAGAGACACAGCAAGAAGAGACGACGCCAACUUCUAAAGAUAUACACACAGAAUCAGGAUUGACUGUUGUUACAAUGGCGACAAAAGGGUUCGAAGACGUCACCAGGAGUUCUUCGGAGGAUUUUGUCGGCAGCUCUACAAAAACGGAGAAGUUAGGCAAAGAGUUUGAAAGUCAUCGUGAUCUUGAGACAAACAUGCGGACUGAAGCAAUGGAGAAAAAAUACAGGUGUGAGGAGUGCAGAAAGCGGUUCAGUCGGCUGGAUCAUCUAAAGAGUCAUAUGCAGACUCACACAGGGGAGAAAUCAUACAGUUGUGAGGAGUGCAGCAGGCAGUUUAGUGAGCUGGGUAAUCUGAAGAGACACAUGCUUACUCACACAGGGGAGAAGCCCUACAGAUGUGAGGAGUGCAACAAACAGUUCAGAGAACAGGGCGUUCUAAAAAGACACAUGCGAACUCACACUGGGGACAGACCCUACAGGUGUGAAGAGUGCAGCAAGCAGUUUAGCGUUCUGUGUAAUCUAAAGACUCACAUGCGAUCUCACACAGGGGAGAAACCCUACAGGUGUAAAGAGUGUGGCAAGAAGUUCAGUCAGCUGGGUAGUCUAAAGACACACGCACGCACUCACACAGGGGAGAAACGCUAUAGAUGUGAGGAGUGCAGUAGACGGUUCAGUCAGCUGGUUGGGUUGAAGAGACACAUGCUCACUCACACAGGGGAGAAAUCCUACAGAUGUGAUGAGUGCAGUAGACAUUUCGGUAACCUGCAUAAUCUGAAGAUGCACAAGCGCACUCAUACAGGGGAGAAACCCUACAGAUGUGAGGAGUGCAGUAGACAGUUCAGUCACCUGGGUUCUUUGAAGAAACACAUACGGACUCACACUGGGGAGACACCGUACAAGUGUGAGGCGUGCAGUAAACAGUUCAGUGAGUCGGGUCAUCUAAAGAGACACAUGCGCACUCACACAGGGGAGAAACCAUACAGGUGUGAGGAGUGCAGCAGGCAGUUUAGUAGGCUCUAUGUGCUCAAGAUGCACAUGCGGACUCACACUGGUGAGAAACCCUACAGGUGUGAGAAGUGCAGUAGACAGUUCAGUUUGCUGGGCAGUCUGAAGACACACAUGCGGACUCACACUGGUGAGAAACCCUACAGAUGUGAGGAGUGUAGCAGGCAGUUCAGUCAGCUGGGUAGUCUGAAGACGCAUAUGCGAAUUCACACAAGGGAGGAAACCCUAUAGAUGUGAGGAGUGCAGCAAACAGUUCAGUCAGCAGGGGAAUCUAAAGAGGCACAUAAAGACCCGCCAAGCUACGUAAUCAGGCAGUCUUGGGAAUGUUUUUGUUCGGUUGUUGGCACAACGACAGAGGUCUUGCACCGGAGACGGUGCAAAAAUAGUACUUACAGAGCAAGACUAUAUACUCCUGGUCUAAAUAAAUGGUUACGAAAUGUCCAGUGAUUUUGGAAACCUUAACAAUCUUUUAACCACAACUUGAUCAAAAGAAUUCUGUCAUGUGAAACGUACUCUGUAGCAGAAGAAAGCAGACUGUAGCUCAGGAUUGUUCAUUCUAAAUGUUCGUUCAUUAAAAUUUCCAGCCGAUUAUGGUUUACUUCUGUUAGUUCACAUUUGGAAAAUUUGUCUUGUUUUAGGUACCACUAACUGUUGUAGUGAUUGUAAUAAUGUAGAUGAUGUGAUGUUUGCUUAACCUUUGUCAGUAGAUGAAUGUUAGUAUUAGAUUCUGUAAAUUCGAUGUACCUACGACUCUAUGUUGUUGGUUGGUGGUGUCGACCACCUUUCUAUAUGACGUGUCUUAUUUCCUUAUGAUGUGUCAGCAUUGCAAACAUGAUAAGUGUACAAUAGUUAUAAUAGCUUGUUAGAAAAUGUAUGUGUAGACUGAGUGUAGCGUAUGGCUACACGUACGUGUGUUCUACUUAUAUGGUGACCCUCUUGUUGAGUUUUUGUGUUGUAGCAAUAAAGCUAGGCACACAUAGGACAAACCUGCACUAAGUUCUCUGUAUUCAGUACAGGUGUGUUUGUUUAUGCCUGAUUGUUAUGUUAUGAAUACAGUUAUUUCUUGUCAUAAAACUCACUAGUGUUAGUGCCCUGUCUCUUGUAGAAUGGGACGGUUAUUCUAAUAAUAACCUCUAAGUUAUUUUUGAAUAACUUAGAGGUUACUAUUAGAAUAACCGACUACUUUUGGCACCGUCCCAUUACAACAGGAGACGGGACACUAAAGGUUACGGUUUAAUAUGUAUGUGAAAAGGAGCCUAUUGAUUGGUCAACGUCUUCUGGUUAUAUGAUGAUAUUCAUUACACAUUAAUAUGUUUACUCACCCAAAACGCAUUCAUAACAAUUUGACCACGUUAAGGUGGUUCAUAAUAUCCUAAGUCCUA